UAAUUAAUGCAAAAUAUCGAGAUUGGCAACCCUGCGUUGCAAGAGAUUGCUCUCUCACUCUAAGCUCACUCCUUUCUACGGGUAAAAUCCAAAUUUCGCGGAUACCCUACCGUUCUGUAGAAGCGGUGGUGAGUGUUCAUUUACAUUGCGUUCUCAUAAGAUAUGUCGUAUCAGCUAAUUCGGUCCACGGUUUUGCGUCGGUGACUGUUUGAACUAUUAGGGUGCUUCAGGAUAAAAGACCCUACACAAAGCUCCAGAGCUACCAUCCUCUUUUGUAAUAUAAAUUCUAUUACCGCGAAAUUUUUAAAAUACUUUGCAACUCUGAUUUUUCGCUGCGUUUCUGUUAAGGCGAGUUCGCUCCGAUUUUUGAUUGGUUUUCUUGUUCCGUCGUUUUGACAUAAAAAUUUUGCAGAAGAAUCAUCUUUACAUUUGCAUGUGGUUUUAGUUAAGGCAAAUAGUGGAAUUAAAAAAUAAGUUUUGAAAAAUGAAUCUCUUUUGGGCAAAAUACUGAAAAUUGAAAAUUAUUCCCAUUCUGCAACUACAAUUAAUGAAUGAAAAUUUUAAGAUAAUUUCGCUUUCAGCUUAUGUAUGUACAUAUGUAAGUGUGCUUUACUCGCGGAUCUUCAAAGCCGCCCCGAAGACAUCUAAAAAUUAAAAUUUGUUUGAAAUGAAGUUAAUUGAAACAUCGUAUGAAUCGUGUAAGAUCAAAUUAAAUUAAGCUUCAGCAAGUAAAAAACUUGGUGUAGAACGAAAAAUUCAUAUAAGAAUUAAUAUUUUCUGUGAAUAUCCUGCGUUAAACCACAACUGGAAAAAUGUUUCCUUCUCCGUUGCAUUAUUCUACUAUGCGGCCGCAAGCACCUGGUGCCGGUCAGCAACAGUAUGAUCAUAAUGCUGAAGAACUUAAUAAAGCGGAAUGGUACUGGGGCGAAAUUUCCCGAGAAGAAGUGAAAAAUAUUUUAUCUGGGGAGCCGGAUGGCAGUUUUCUGGUGCGUGAUGCCUUAAACAAAAAUGGAGAAUAUACUUUAACUUUAAUUAAAGAUGGAACAGAGAAGCUGAUAAAAAUUUGCCAUUUAAAUGGAAAAUAUGGUUUCACAGACUGCAAGUUUAAUUCAGUAGUUGAGUUGAUCAAUUACUAUAGGGUAAAUUCCUUAAAGCUUUACAAUAAAAUGCUUGAUAUUACGUUGAGCAAUCCAAUUGUGAAACCUGCAGAGGAAGACGAUCAUAGUGAUCUGCGAUUUCUUGCCGAUAAAUUUCUUGGUUUGCAUCAUACAUUAAAUAAGCAGCAACAUUUACUAGAUCAAAAAAUGAAAGUAUUCAAGAACGUCGAAGCUGAAUUAAAUGAGAAAAAGCAGGAUCAAGAAGUUUUUCUGAAGGCGGAAAAAAUGUUUAAAAAUCAAAUAAAAUUGUUAGAAUCAUAUAUAUGUACGGCAAUACAGCCGCAGGUCGGCACAGCUGGUACAACAACGAAUGCAAACGGUGGUGCAAGUGGAGGAAAUAACAACUAUGCAGAUCGUCAACAGGAUCAAGAAAAAUUACAGGCAAAUGCCGCAUUACUAAAAAUGAAGCUUCAAUCAUUAUGUGCAGAAAUGGGAAAAUUAAACCGUUAUGUGGAAGACAAGAAGGAGGAAUAUAAAAGGCUGGAACGUCAAAUCAAUGCCGCGAAACCUGAGCUGCAGGAGCUAAGUCUGGAAAAGGAACGGACUACAGAGCGCCUAAUGGAAGCUGGUAUUAAGGAGGAAGAUAUUGUCUUACUCGCAGAAAUGGGCUUCGAUGCCUGGCAAAGGAGAUACGAAAGUCGAACGAAUUUACCGCAUAAUAAUGAUUCAUUAUGGUUCCUUCGCGACUGUUUGCGCCAAGAGGCCGAGGAGUUGUUGAAGGGUGCCCCUACUGGUACAUUCCUUAUAAGGGCUCGUUCUGCUGGACAUUAUGCUCUUUCCAUUGUUUGCAAAAACGUCGUAAACCAUUGUAUUAUCUACGAAACCGAAAGUGGAUUCGGUUUUGCAGCUCCCUAUAAUAUAUAUGUUUCUCUAAAAAAGUUGGUGGAACACUAUGCAAGUAAUUCACUCGAAGAGCAUAACGACACACUGACUACCACGCUGCGCAUUCCUGUCAAAUAUUGGCAUGCCAAUAAGGAUUCGCUUAUGAAGCAGUUGGAAGAGGAGCUGGAAUUGGAACAGCUUCAAAUUGAAGAACAACAACAGCAACAACAAAUGGCACAGCUACAGCAACAAUCAUUGCAGCAGCCUUCAUCGUCCGCAAUUCCAAUACCCUCUAGUGAUACAUUGGAUGUAUCAACACCACACUCUUCCUUAAAUUCGCUGUCAUCGUCCUAUCCUGGGGGGAGUGGCAGUGGUAAUCAAAAUUUGCCACAACCGUAGUAAACAUUUUAUUGAAUUGCAACAGGUUUGAAGGUUAUUUUUUCAAGCCCUUGUUUUAAGUAUAUGUGAUUAUAGACAUGGAGCUUAAAUUCGUAGUCAAAGACCCGCAAUGAAUUUAAUUAUGAGAUCCAAUUAUGUUUAAAGUGGAUACAAAAAGCUCUAAAAAAGUAGCUUUCGGGUACACCAUUUGUGAUGUAAUGGUGUUGCAAUUUUUUUUUUUAUAUAUAUUUUUUUUAAAUACAGCAAGAUAGAUGACAACGAAGCUUGGAGUAAUUGUCGUAAUGAUUAACAUUUGGGAAGCAAUGUUAGCAUGCUCGACGAUUCUUUCGAAAUUUAAUGGUAAUAAUAAAUUUUGCAAAAUAUUAUAGUGUUCCUAGUGUGGAAAACACAAUGAAAAUCCUGAACAAAUGCGAUCGAUGGUAAAUUUUGAAUUGCGCUUUUGUAACUGUUGUCAUGAUAUAAAGCUGUAUCGUACAGUGAUCGUCAUUUAAAAUGUGCAAAUUAUUGUGAAAUAUAUAGUUUUGAGAAACAAUAUUAAAGACAUAAUGUCAAUGUUGUUUUAUAUUUAUAAUAUUUAUAUUUAUAUGAAGAUAUUUAGAGUAAAAUCGAAAUGUUCAAUGUAAUAAUGGAAUGCAAAUUUUAUUACGCAAUACGCAUUUCUUUCGUGAUAUGUUUAGCUGUUAAAUUUAUACAAGAAGAAAAACGAUUAUCAACUUAUGGUAUAAAUUUUGUAUUGUACUAUUUUUGGUUGACAUUUUGUUGAAACACAAUUAUUUCAGUUACUAAUAAAUAAUUGUUUACUAUAAAAUCUGUAUAUAAAAAAACAAUGUCCACUCUGUAAAUUUGUAGAUAAAAAAUAUCGUCAAAUCAGUUGUAAACUAGAUGAAAUAUUCUGCAAUAAUAAAGUGCAGCAAAAAAUUAGGAAAAUUGAGAGCUCCUACGAAAGUUUGUUUGUUAUAAUUGCAAUAUCGAAUGUGAAAUUUUAGAGUUUUCGAUUUUUUAAAAGUAUUCAAUUGCAGUACUCUCAAUUGUAUUCUUGCAAUAAUAAAUUACCACAAACCAAAUGAUGAAUAUGCGCAUGGCUUUGAAUAUUUCAUUUAUAAAAAACUUAAGAGAUUAAAAAUUUAUGUAUAUACAUGACAGUGUAAUUCCUUACGGGAAAGAGGGGCUCAGCAUUAUCCCAACUUUGCAAAGCCCAAUAGAUAUUGAAACAAUUGUCAUUGAUAUCUUCCCAUUUUCGACUCCAGGAUUGUUCGAAUUGAAUGUGCAUCACUAUAGCAUUGGCCAUGAAGGUUGUUAAUCAGUAGAUGUAGUUAUUAACUUGGGGGGGGGUUUAAUUUGUUCUCUGCUCUAUAGUGUUGCUAAAAGAACUAAUUCAAAUGCCAUAUUAUAAAAACGUCUAUUAACAAUGGGGAAUUUCGAACCACAAAGAGUUCAAAAACGAAUAUGAAAUCGAAAUACAUAUGUAGAUAUAACAUAAGUUAAAAAAUAAAUUAAUAUCUUUCUUGUUAAUAAAGACGUUUUAGAACGUCUGCCAAGUUUUUUAUAUUGCAUGUCUAAAAUUUUCGCUGUAAAUGUAACUAAACUUUUGUAUACGUAAGUGUUUUUUAUUGAAUAUAUUCUAUAUUAUUAUACUUAUUUAAUAUACAAUUUUGUUUAAGAUCAAGUUUUGUCAACACCUAAAACUAUUCAUUUGAUUUGUGUAUUUGUUUGUCCUGUUACAUUAAUCGUAUCUUUUAAAGGGUUAUAUAACAGUAAAAAAAGAUGUGAGCACAGAAGUGUAGGCGAAUAGGAUGUCAGCAAUAUGACCUGCGAGCUGAAUUAAGAACACACAAACUUAGGGAUAUAUGCAUGUUUUACAUUUUGUAUUAAAAUUGACAAGGAAUUUUGACUUUGUACCCACACAUAUUUGAUAUAUAUACAUAUAUCUAAGUUAAUAAGAAUAAAUAAAUCAUAUAAAUAAACUA